GUGACUGUGAAAGUUAAGAAUUCAAUUUCUUGAACGCUAAAAUGAUACCGGACUCACUGUCCGUGCAACAUCGUCGUCUUAUUCCCUUUAGCUUCUUGGCGCUGUGAAUUUCAUCCGAGCUUUUCUUCUAUGGGACGAGUUGUUUAUCGGUUUUAGCAGUUCUGAACUGCAAGACUCCUUGUUUGCGGUGGAAGCUUCUUGGGAAGCAUCGAUGAUAUCUUUUAGUUUCUUUCUUUAGUACUCAUUUUUCCCUGUUAAUGAUGUUUAGAGGCGUGAAGUGCAUUCGCAUGGUGUGCAUUGGUAGCCUUGUGAUUACCUAACGCGUUGGAAUUCCGGUUUUCCUGUUCAUGGGUUUGUUUCUUCUGUCUGUGUUCGUCGACAUGGACCCUUAUGUACAUCCGUUGGUACAUUGACAGAGACAUGUGACAUGAAGUUGAAUUUGACAUUUUACGACUCUAUUUGGAAGAAGAAAAAAUAGAAGCUUUAGUGGGCUUAGGACAUUGAAAAGGGAUCCUUCUUGGUGCCUUGGGUUUCAUUUCAUGGCAUGGACUUGUCUGGUUCCGGUAAGAUGCCAGUAGAACUGGCUAAGUCAGAACUUUAAAAGGGUAAAAUGUAGGGAAGAAAGUUACAAAAAGCCGCAAAUGAAGGGGUUAGAAUAAGUGGUAGAGUCUUGUCCAGUAGGUCGCUGGCUGUUCAUUGGAUUCGCACCUGAAGCGUUCGCCUGGGAGAAGGCUCCUGGGGUCGCAGAGCUUUCACCUGAGGGUUUUACAUUGCUCAGUAGGCGACCGUAGGUUUGGCAGCUUGUCCUGAAAAGCCAGGUCUCCCAUCCUAAGAGCAGCUUCUUUGUUGUUUAAAAACAUCAUACGAAAGGGUAGUUAAGGGAACUUCUACAUUUUUCUAGGGAGGUCUUAUGAUUCUGCGGAACGAUUAUUUCCGGCAUAGAAUUAUGUUGAGAAUGCAAAGGUAGAGAAAAAUUGGUCAGAAAUUCGAUGGUUUUCAAUUGAUGUGUUACAUGCUCAAGUAUGCCUUUAUUAAGGUAGUACCUAAGUUUAUGGAAAUACUUCUCCGUUAUCAAUACCACUGCCACAGUUUUGAUGUGUUCCCCAAAGUUCUACCUCAUACUCCGGAAGGUUGAUAAGGAUUUAGGUGCUGCACAGCUCAUGCAGUGACUUGAAAUCGGGCCAUUAAUAGAUUUGUAAUUUACUUAUGGUUUUUUUAUUUCAUUAAUGGGCCAUGCAUCAAAUUCUUGCUGUAUUAAAUUACAAAAAAACACGUAUAUUGCAUCUUUUUCUACUAUUGAAUGGCUUCACUCUUCUGGUUGGUGUUCUUCUGCCAUACUGUUAGGAGCUUUUCAUGAGGUGUUUUUCUUAGAAAAAUCUUAAAAGUUCUAGAAAGCAAAAAAAAAAAAAAGAACUAAUUGUUUGUGGUGUUUUUUUCCAAAAGUAUAAAGAAAGAAUAAUAUUUUUUUUAUAAAUUAAAAGAUAAUGGAUACAGAAAGCAUGCACUUAGAAUCAUAGUCACAAGUAUUGUUCAUGGCAAUUUAUAGGCAAGGUUUUUCUCAGAUGUGGUUUUUCUUGGGAAAUCAUUGGAAAAAUGUUGGAAGAUUUGAAGCUUAAAAAUCAUAAGGAGAACACAGAAACAGUCACGAGAUGAUAGGUUUUCUAGCAUAUUGCUUGCAAAAAUAUCAAGAAACAAGCAAAUAACUUUUUGAUAACAUAAAAGGAACAAAUGAGAAUAAUUACAUGCUUUACAAUUGUGAAGCAGGGAGCUUCUUUUUUUUUUAAGUCUCAGGAAAAUAUUGGGAAUAUUCUCAUUAAAUAUCUAAAUGGACAGGUUUUCAUUUUUUGGGAUUUCGAAAAAUCAGGAUACUUUGCAUAUUAUUGGUUAACUUAGAAAUGGCGGUAGAGAUGUUCGUAAUGUUGGUGUGUUGAAUAUAUCAAAAUGUUUUUUCUUUGAAAUGAUACUAAUAUCAUGAUGUUGUCAAAAUUUAUUGCAUCAAUGUGAUACUUUUCUGGAAACAUAAAAAAAAGAAAGGAGAAAAUUACAUGCUUUAACAUGUUGGCAAAUGGACUCUUUCAAUGUCUCAGGAAAUAUUGAGAGUACCUCAUCAUGAUGCUGCAAUACACAAAGUUCCUAUUGUUUUUGAUAUUUUGAAAAAAAUGUGAUAUUUAGCAUAUCAUUGGCUUGCUUUGAAAUAGGAUAAUAUUGAGAUAGUGUUAAAAUAUUGGUGAUGUCUGUGGCUGUGCAUUUCAUAUAUACAAAAUGUUCUUCUAAAAAAUGAUGAAAGUAUCAUUACCUCAUCAUUGACGUGAUAUUAGCUAUUUACACAUAUCUAUGGAUAUGGGGCACGAAAAUGCCUUUAUAUUUGUCAUAUUGACUGUCUCUAAAAUAUUGGUAACAUUGGGUACUUUUCCAAUAUGUCCAAUAUAUUUAUAAUCAUAACAUUGGUAUUUUUCCAAUAUGUCCAGCAUAUUGAUGGUCAUAAUGGUAUGUGCUUUGUAUAUGGAUUGCAUCAAAUAAUAAUGUUUCCAAUUUAUGUAGUAUAAUUACAUGUCUGUUAACUUGUUCAUAGGUUUAGCUAUCUUUCCUUUUUGCCUUAAAUAAUUGAUUAGUCAGAUUCACCAAUUACUUAUGGCUGCCAUGUCAAAAUCAAUGGAAGAACUGCCUUAGAUUGAUUACAGUUGUUUCACUUUUUUGCCAAGGCUUUUAACUUUGCUUGUCCAAUGUUUUUUCAUAUUUCAAGGAACAACUCUGACAAUUGGUCAAGCCAGAUGCUUACAUUUUAUAUGAGUUACAUGUCAGUUUUUUUCUCUCCUUCUCCAGCUCUUCCUCUUCCUUUUUCACCUGCUUGAGGUAUAUUUCUGUGCUUAAAAGUGAUCUACGCAUAUAUGCCUUUUGUGUCUCUGUCUGUUAAUGUCCUUUUGUCUUGAGCAGCAAUUGGUAAUUUGGUAUUGCACAAUUACAUCAUUAUUUCUUCCUAAUGAUGGUCUCCUCUUUUGAAGCUCCAAUGGGCAUGCGGAAAGCAGAUGGUUCUGGACAAAAUCAAAAGAAAGAGCUUGAGAAUGGAACAAUCAUUGGUCAUGUCUUUUCAGAUUUAUCCUACACUUCUCCAGUUGUUUUUGUGUACCUUUUGAAGGAAUGCUAUGCACGAGGUACACUCAAAGCAACAACAAAGUUUAGAUUUCUUCAACAGCAAGUUCUGAAAGCAUUGCGUAACGUUCCCCAACCAGGGCCGGUUACCUUUGUUGUGAAGUGCCUCUAUAUCUUGCCUUUACAUGGGCAUCUUUAUGCAGAGGGUUUUAGUCACUUGUUAAUAUCCUCCAUGAAUCGUUUAGAAGCUGCAUACAAAUCACGUUCAGAUUGUUCUGUUGCGAAAAACAUUGCUGCACGGUUAUUUCUUGAUAUACUUGCUUGCUAUGUUAUCCAUGAAGAGCGCAUUCUUGUGAAGAUACUAGAGUCAUUUGAUGUAAAGAUGGAAGACAUUGGAAAAGCUUUUUAUGAUUACGAACUUUAUGAUAGUAGCCUGUGUACUGUCAAUUCCUUUAUUGAACAGUAUAUCAUUCAGUUAGUGGAAUCAAAAUCCUACACCACUGCUGUGUCUCUGUUAGAAAAGUUUUCCAUCAGGCAGUGCAGUCAGUCAUUUCUUUUUGCAAUGGUGGAGAAUAAACAAUUUAGAGCAGCAGAAAAGUGGGCAAAGUUCAUGGGCAAGCCGAUGUUGUGUCUGCUCAUUCAAAAGUACAUUGAUAUGGAUUUGUUGAAGCAUGCUUAUAUCAUGAUAAAAACAAAUGAUCUAAAACAGGAGUUUCCAGAUGCAUGGCGUCUUUACAAGGAGAGGUCAAUAAAGAAACUUGUAGAGAAAGGAUUCUGGGAAACUGCAGAGAUGAAGACCAAUGAUGAUCUUCAGCUUGUGGAGUACUUGGUCUACUUGGCGUUAGAAUCUGGAUAUAGUGAGAAGGUGGCUGAACUAUGUGAGAAGUAUUCACUUGAUGGAUUUCAACAAGCAGCAGCAGUCACUGAAGCUUGUCCUUCUAAAGCUCGAUAUUUGUGUCUUUCGGACUUGAUCUCAAUGGAGGAUGUUAUAUGGGUUGACACAGUGGAUGCAUUGCUUGAUGCCACUACUUGUCUUGAGGGGAAAAAGGUUAUUGGUAUGGAUUGUGAGUGGAGAGCUAAUUAUGUCAAGGGUAGUAAGCCCAAUAAGGUAUCUAUUCUGCAAAUCGCUUUUGACAAGAAAGUAUUGAUCUUUGACUUGUUAAAGCUAUCUGAAGAUGGCGGUGCUGUUAUGGAUGACUGCUUUAAGCGUAUUCUGCACUCUCACAGGAUUUUAAAACUUGGAUACAACGUGCAGUGUGAUCUCCAUCAGUUAACACAGUCCUAUGAAGAGCUUGAGUGUUUUCAGUCGUAUGAUAUGUUACUAGAUAUCCAAAAGAUGUUCAAGCAGGGAAGUGGUGGUCUCUCUGGACUCUGUAAGAAAAUUCUAGGUUCUGGCUUGAACAAGGGAAGGCGCGACAGCAAUUGGAACCAACGGCCUUUAAGUCCAAGCCAGAUCGAGUAUGCAGCACUUGAUGCUGCCGUGCUACUGCCCCUAUUUCACCAUGUUUGCAGCCAAUCGGAGUCUGAAGAUAUGGAAGGGAAGCGCUCAAAAUAUGAAUGGAGAUCCUGUAUUGUUUCAAUGGUUAGCAACAAGAAAAAUCCCAAAAAGUUGCCGUGAGUACUGCUAGUAACACGAAAACUGUCCUUGUACUUCUACCUGAAAAAGGACGGUAUGCCCCACUUUUCCUAUUAUGAGCUGACAUUUUACAUGGUGCUGGAAAGGAAGAAUCUUCCAACAUUUCUGCAGAAAAAAAAAUCUGGGUUUGCAGCUGAGCGACUUUUUGUUAAGGCUGAAGCUGCUAACAUGUACAUAUUUUUGUUUGCAGUUAAAGUUCUGGUUCUGGGUCUGGUUCUACUAACCCUACUUUUUGUAUAGACACAGUGGUGGCAACUUGUCGCUAUCUUUGUUAAUGGAGGAUGAACAUCUUAACUUGCAUUUA